AUGCAGGCAGAAAGCGUGUGGGGGCUGAGCGUGGCGGGACCACCACAAGGCCGGGGUGCCUGCCCUCAGCUGCAGCCGUGCGGGAGACACCUCACACCCCCCAGCCCUGCCCGGGCCCCUCCGAACGGCAUCGUAAGCCGACUCUCCCCAGCCCCCGGCAGAGAUGAAAUUGGAUUAAUACCCUGCCCUGAAGCCAGGUAUAACCGGAGCCCUAUUGUCCUGGUAGAAAACAAGCUUGGUGUGGAGAGCUGGUGUGUCAAGUUUCUUUUGCCAUAUGUCCACAAUAAACUUCUCCUCUACAGACAAAGAAAACAAUGGCUGAACAAAGAUGGGACGAUGCGGCGUGCCAACUGCUUGGAGAAUGUUGCUGCUUACCACCCAGGCGAAGCCUUGCAGAACCCUUCCUCUCAAAAUGCUCGUUAUAGAACUCUGAAAGAAUUAAUAGUGUCUGGCACUUUAAAUCCACUUAAAGAUUUGCAUCUUGGAAAACUGGCGUUAACCAAGUUUCCAAAGAGUCCAGAAACAUGGAUUCAUAGACGAUGGGUGCUGCAACAACUAAUUCAGGAAAACUCCUUGCCCGGUCUUGUGACUAAAGGAAACUUGGGAGCAGCACCUGUGGAGAGAAUUCACCAACUAGUGCAGGAGGAAAUGAAUGUCUGCUCUGAAGCUGCUGGGAGAUAUCCAAGCAACUACAAUGCCUGGUCCCAUCGCAUCUGGGUUUUACAGCAUUUGGGAAAGCUGGCUGUCAAGGUUAUCCUUGAUGAACUUUCAUCCACUAAAUACUGGGUAUCCAUGCAUGUCUCAGACCAUAGUGGAUUUCAUUACCGUCAGUUCUUACUCAAGUCCUUGACAGGCAGAACUGUGACUGACAAUAAUGUACUGGUGCAAAAUCAAAUGGUAAAUGAGCAAAACCCUAACCUUCAAAACGAAGAGGAGAGUGCAAGGGCAGAAGCUGCCUGUGCGGAGGAGCAGAGUGUGAAUCUCUCCCGCCAUUUCGAGGAAGAGUUGGAGCUCUGCACUGAACUGAUUGAUACUUACCCAGGGCAUGAAACCUUGUGGUGUCAUAGAAGGCAUGUGUUCUACCUUCAGUACCACCUAAGCAACAAAGUUCUUCUUCUGAAUGCAGUGGUAUCAUCUGUGGACAGCAGUGAUGAAACUCUGAAUAAUUCACACCACAGUCCUGCGACAAGUCACGUGGCACAAGCUAUGGAUGUUGAUGGUUUGAAUGAAUCCAGCAGCAAACAAGGUUAUACCCAAGAAACAAAACGCCUGAAGCGUGCUCCUAUGCAGGACUCUUUUGGUCCAGAAAUGGAAUACCGGUUCAUUGAUAAAGUAUUAUCAACUUGUAGGGAUGCAGACCAAGCCAGGUUCGCUACGGCUUAUAGGAAAUGGUUAGUUACUUUUUUAGGUCAGUGAAGGAAGUGUUCAAAGCCUUCAGGGUUCUUUUAGUGCAAUAUUCUCUUUUCAGACACAAAUGCAUGUCUUUGUUGCAAGUGUUAACUAACCAUGUGUUUCUCACUCUUUUAAUGGUCAGUC